AUGGCCACAUAUCCCCAAGCACGGUUGUCGCAGCGCGACCCUGCAGAGAAUAUCAAAUUUAAGAGAAGAUAUAGCGCAGAGAACGACUUUGGCCGUGAUGCUGAUUCCACGACCGGUCACGAAAUCCCUCUAGUUCACAGACUGCCAGUCGACAACGUCAACUACUUUCCUCAUCUUCCGCCCUACACAGAUCCCAACAUGGGCGUCCUCUCCAAGCUACCUCCCUCAUGGGUUCCUUACGCUCAGCUCAUGCGCCUCGACCGCCCCGCUGGCUUCUACGCCUUUUACUUGCCCUAUGUGAUCGGCAUCCUUUACGCUGCCUGUAUUUCGCCCCAGACCCCGAGUCCACCCAAGCUGCUCUCCCUGGCCGCCAUCAUGAUUCCGUACAAUCUGCUCCUCCGCGGCGCUGCCUGUGCCUGGAAUGACAACGUUGAUCAGGAGUUUGAUCGCCAGGUUGUGCGCUGUCGCCAUCGUCCUGUUGCUCGAGGUGCCGUUACCACCGUCCAGACGCACGUCUUUACCGUCGCCCUGAUCCUCGCCGGAUACCCGAUCAUCGCCUGCCUUCCAGCGCCCUGCAUGCCACAAAUGCUCAUCAUCAUUGUACUUUUCUCAAUAUACGCCAUCAUGAAGCGCGUCACCUACUACCCGCAGGUCGUCCUCGGCUUCCCCUUUGCAUGGGCCAUCUUCUUCUGCAUUGCUGCCUUAGGCAUGGAACCCUUUGGUCAGUAUCGCCUGCCGUCCACGUUUGCCCUCUUUGCCGCCAAUUGUCUGUGGACCGUCACAUAUGACACCAUCUAUGCCCAUCAAGAUAUCGGCGAUGACGAAAAAGCCGGCGUCAAGGGCAUGGCCGUUAAGUUCAAGUCCACCACCAAGCUAUUAACGUCGGUGCUGGUCAGCUGUCAGGUAGCGCUUCUUACGCUGUGUGGAUGGUGGGCUGGCUUUGAUGGCGUCUACUAUAUUGGAACUGUCGGCGGCGUGACCAUAGCAAUGGCAUACUUCAUCUAUAGCGUAGACCUUAGCAGCCCCGAGAGCUGUGGUUACUGGUUCUGCAAUCAAUUCUGGACCGUUGGCGCUGGGUUUGUGGCCGGACUCGGGGCCGAAUACUGCGUCAAGGUAUCUGCUUAA